GCGCGCGGGGCCCUGCAGUGCGCACGCCCUCCGCCCGCCGCCGCGCAGCCCCGCGGCCGUUCAGCCCUCCGGGUCGGGGCGCCCGGGCCGCCCCCCGCCCUCCCGAGGCUGCGGGACCGGGCGCGCGAGCCGGGCCGUGGCAGGGGCGGGAGCCGGCGGGACGAGCGCUUGAGUUGCUGCGGAGAAGGCAUGGAGCUGAGCAGCAAGAAGAAGCUUCAUGCCCUGUCCCUGGCCGAGAAGAUCCAAGUGCUGGAACUGCUGGACGAGUCCAAGAUGUCCCAGUCGGAAGUGGCCCGGCGCUUCCAGGUCUCCCAGCCCCAGAUCUCACGCAUCUGCAAGAAUAAGGAGAAGCUGCUGGCCGACUGGUGCAGCGGCACCGCCAACCGCGAGCGCAAGCGCAAGCGGGAGUCCAAGUACAGCGGGAUCGACGAGGCUCUGCUCUGCUGGUACCACAUUGCCCGGGCCAAGGCCUGGGACGUGACGGGGCCCAUGCUGCUCCACAAAGCCAAGGAGCUGGCCGACAUCAUGGGCCAGGACUUCAUGCCCAGCAUUGGCUGGCUGGUCCGCUGGAAACGCCGGAACAACGUUGGCUUCGGGGCCCGCCACAUACUCUCGCCUCCGUUCCCCCCUGAACCACCUCCUCCCCCAGGGCUCACGUCCCGGUCCCAGCCGCCUCUCUCCCUCAAAGACUUCUCCCCCGAGGAUGUCUUUGGCUGUGCUGAAGUGCCCUUGUUGUACCGGGCAGUGCCCGGCAGAGUGGGCACCUGUGACCGACUACAGGUGCUGCUGUGCGCCAACAGCAGGGGCAUGGAGAAGCAACAGCUGUUGGUGGGUGGGCUCCAGGCUGCCCCCCGGUGCUUCUUCGGGGUCAGCACUGAGGCUCUGCCUGCCUCCUACCACCCCAACCUGGGCAUUCCCUGGCCAGAGUGGUUGGCCCGGUUUGACCUGGACAUGGGGCGGCAGGGCCGACAGGUGGCCUUGCUGCUGGCUGCCCGCAUGGUGGAGGAGUUGGCAGGCCUGCCCGGGCUCUGCCACGUGCAGCUCUUGCCCCUGGCCACCACCAGCUCCAUGCCAUCCCUGCCCAGCUCCGUGGUCCGGGCCUUCAAGGCCCAUUACCGGCACCGCCUGUUGGGCAAGCUGGCUGCUGCGCGGAACGAGGGGGACAGCACCUCUGGGGCCGAGGCUGGGGCAGGCAUUACCGUGCUGGACGCGCUGCACAUGGCGGCCGCGGCCUGGGCCAAGGUGCCUCCUCAGCUCAUUUUAAGCAGCUUCGUUCAGGAAGGACUGGCUCCCGGCAAAACGCCCACCUGCGUAGACAAAGUCUCCGAGAUGCCACCGGUACCCAAGGGACUGAGCCUGGAGGAGUUUGCCCGCUUUGUGGACUUGGAGGGUGAGGAGUCCGUCCCCGGAGUGUGCAAGGAGGAGCCGGGCCCCAGAGAUGAGGAGGGGAGCAGAGGGGACGGCUUCGAGCCCCUGCCCACCAAAGCUGAUGCCUUGUGGGCCCUGGGCACGUUGAGGAGGUGGUUCGAGUGCCACGGCACCUCCCCUGAGCUGUUCCAAAAGUUCUACGACUGUGAGGAGGAGGUGGAGCGGCUGUGCUGCCCGUGAAGGGCCCUUCACUGCCCCGCAGAGCCCCCUCCUCUCCUGUUUCCCAUGGAAACACCCCCACGGAGUGCAGAGUAGGGGCUGGUCUCUUUCCUAUGGAAAUAUGGCUUUUAUAGAAAGUGUGGAAGGGACAGAAGGUGGGAUACCAAGUCUAAGCUCUGAAAGAGUUAGUCAAGCCCUGGGGAGAGGGGAGAAGAGGGUGUCUAGAAAUGGGGCUUUAGAGGCAGUGGGUCUAGACUUGUAGUUUCUAAACCCCACCCAAAGGUUCUAGAGCCUCCGUUAGCCUAGGGGGGCCAGGGCUGGGGAAGGCGGAAUUUGGACUUUUCAGACAGGCUGAUCCCUUGAACCCUGUGUGGAAAACAGUUCUGCU